CUUCGAUCCCCACUCCCCGGCCCGCUUACUUAGUACGGUCCUAUUCUGUGAAGAGGUUCCCCCUUGGCCCAGGGGAGCGACGGACUCGUGAGCCAGCGGAGGUGGAAGCGGCUGCGCUCGCCUGCCAGCCGCGCGGCGCAGAGCCGGGCAAGCCGGGCCAUGAGCAGCUGGCGCCGCUCCUCGCUACUUCCCCGAGCUUCCUCCCUGCUCUAAUUCCUUGGGAUGCGGUGCAUAAGCGAGGAUGAGAAAAAGCAGGGUGUACCGCAUGGUCUUGGCCACUUGCCUGGGCUCCUUGCUCCUGGUCAUCUACUACUUCCAGAGCAGCCUGAACCCGGCUGCAGAAGACAGGAUAUUGAGGAUGAGCUGGCAUGGGAAAGCCAGUCGAAGUCCACUUCAGACUCUUUACAAGGGUGAGCAGUUUGAACAAUCCUCCCUGAAGGCAGUUCAUCAGCACAGGAGGGAACUGCUAAACAACAUGUGCCAUCGUUACACCCGCAAGCGGCGCCUCCUGACUCCAGAUGACUUGCGGCACCUGGUGGUUGAUGAUGUUCAUGGGCUGCUGUACUGCUAUGUCCCCAAGGUGGCUUGCACUAAUUGGAAGAGAGUCAUGAUGGUCUUGACAGGGCAGGGCAAAUAUCAGGACCCACUGGAAAUCCCAGCACAUGAAGCUCAUGUACCAACCAACCUGCACGCCCUCGUUGAGUACAGCACUCCUGAGAUCAACUACCGUUUGCGCAACUACCUCAAAUUCAUGUUUGUACGGGAGCCUCUUGAACGGCUGGUCUCAGCCUACCGGAACAAAUUCACCCGUAGCUACAACACGGCAUUCCAUAAACGAUAUGGGACCAAGAUCAUCCGACGGCAUCGUCAGGACCCUACCAGUGAGGCCCUGGAACGUGGCCAUGAUGUGCGUUUUGAGGAGUUCGUGUACUAUUUGUUGGAUCCAAAGACCCAGCGCGAAGAGCCUUUCAAUGAGCAUUGGGAGCGAGUGCACUCCCUUUGCCAUCCAUGCAUUGUCCACUAUGAUAUCAUUGGCAAGUAUGAGACCUUGGCUGAUGAUGCCAACUAUAUCUUGGAACUGGUUGGGGCUGAUGCAGGCAUCAAGUUCCCAUCCUCUUCCAAGACCACCAGAACCAACAAUAACCUGACAGCAAAGUUCUUCAAGAAUAUCAGCCCCUUCUACCAAAAAAGAUUAUUUAAUUUAUACAAGAUGGAUUAUUUGCUCUUCAAUUACACCAUCCCUUCUUAUUUACAUAUCCAAUGAGGCUGUUGACCAGAAACAUGCCCUUCCCUCCUCAUUUCUGCUGUCAACCAACAGACAUAGAUAGGAGAUGCUUGCAGUUUCGCCUGUGCCCGUUUUUUUGUUUUUGUUUCCUCAGCAGGCAUAGUUCUCUCUCUCUCUCAUUCCUCUGUUUUAUCAGACAGAACCUACUAUUAUCCUGCCUCCUGCUCCUUAACCAAACAGCAUUUGUUUCUAGGAAGCACUGGGACUAUGACCUUUUGUCAGGAGGUGGGAGAGUCUGUGGAAAUAGCAGAUGUAAUAAAACGUGCGUGCAUUUAAUGGGAUCAGUUACAGUUCCCUCAAACCUGUCUCUUCUUCACUGAUGGAGGAAAGGGGAAUAUGAGCCAGAAGUGUCUUAUUGUGAACAGUUACUUGGUGUGAGGCAGAAUUUUCUAUGAAACAAGAGUCUACUGCAU